AUGAACGGAUUUUUGGACCUCUACAGGGUACAAUACGAAUGCCCGUGUGGUUCAUGGUACCCUUUAAGCUAUUUAUAUUAUUGUAAGCCAUGUAACCACAUCAGAUGUACGGACUGUGCUUUGGAAGACGUAGACAAGACUUAUUGUCCGACUUGUAUCGACGACACAGUCAUUGACGACAGUCGGUUUGGUAAAGGAACAUGUUCAGUUUGUUACACAUGUCCUGUUUGCAGUAAGUUUAUGUUUUUAUUUCAGUAUUAUAGGUUUAGGUAAUAAAUUUAACUUCGUGUCGUAUAAUGUGUCAUGAGUACAUUAAUUUGCUUAAACAUAUUGAGUAGAACGCAAAGCUUUUAAAAAUUGAACUCCAUGUUUUAAUUGAGUCAAAUAUAGUGACUUUUUAGUGACUGUGAUCGAUUUCCUUUCUUAUUUUCCCUGUUUUAUCUCAUUUUAGGUGACAAAUUGGUGUUUCGCGCGUUAGUGGAGACCAACCAGCAUUAUCUUCACUGUAAUAGCUGUAUGUGGAACACGAAUGAUGCUCAGUUACCCAGUCAAGCUAGGAAGAACGAAUGGCCGUCGUUCCCAAACGCUAUGGAAGACAAGCUUCUCAGGGUCCAAGCUCAUCUAAAACAACUUUCGACGUUCGAGAAAAACGAAACAGACAAACCGUCAAGGAGAUCUAUGUCUAACCUUGGUCAUGUUGCAAGUGGACGUUACGGUAUUUUACAGUUGAUGGAGACGAGAAGGAAAAAGAUUAUGGCACGGCCAGUGUCGAUUGAGAACUUGAACACUUCGGAUGUUGAAGGUAAUAUAGGUCCAGGGACGUCGUUUGGGAGGGGGGGGAGGGGGUGUGUUUUUUUUCCGCACUUGUACGCGGAAAAACGAAAAAAAAAUUUUGCAAAAUCGGUCCACAGGUAGCUUACCUGUGGACGAAAAAAUUGUUUUCGACCUCCCACCCUAAGAGAAAAUCUGUAGCGAUGUCCCUGUAUAGGUCUUAACUGUUUUGCUAACACUGACCUUGAUUGCUGUUGUGAAACAAAGGAUCUUGUAUUUUGCUUAUGUAACGAUUAAUAUUCAGCAAAUUACGGUCAAAAACACAUUGAAUCUCUAAAAUUUCAGAACUUGACCCAUCAGUUUAUACAGAACAAGUUAGUGAGUACGAUGUGCCAAAGUUGGAACAAGUCAUUCGUUUGCCGUUUUGCAAUCCUAAAGCCAUGUAUCCUAUUCAUCUGAAAAUGCACGGAAGGAUUCAUGUACGAUGUCCCGAACAUGAUGUUACCAUCUAUCGUGGAGAAUUCGCCAUCUUGAAGACUAAACCUCGACAUCAUGUAAGGGAAAACACCAUUCAGGCUUUAAAAUCAUGAUACUAUAUUAUGAUGGUUUCUGAGCAACAUAAGAGAACGUACACUAAUUAUUAAACUCAAUUACUAGUUAUCGUAUUACGAACUUCUUAAAUUUUCAGAUUCCCUGCUCCGAUUUCUGUCCAGAACUAAAGUUUAGCCAUGAGACUGAUUUUUCGAUAUCCGACACCUUCUCAGUGUUCAUUACAAUUAUGAAUUCUUCCUUUUCCCCAAUGAGUGUGAAGAUUGAGCCUCAGAAAAUAGAUGAUCCAAAUUGCCUAAUAUGUGACAAUGAACCGUUUGAAUUCAAAGGAGAAUCUGCCAUUCAAAACAAAGAUACCAGUGGAACAGUAGAAUUGUCAAGUGAUUUUAAAGCUGAUUCGUUCACAGGAGCUGCUUUGGAAGCUGAUGAUGUUGGGCAAGUCAAAUUCUCUGGGGGGGUGGAGACCCAAAUUUUUUUUUCGUCGUUUUUUCACCUACAGGUACACCUACCUGUGCAUUUUUUUUCGGAUCGGCUCAGGGAAUCACCCCGAACCAAUAGAAUUUUAACCUUACGUAUUUAAUACGUUCCUAUGACAUCUUCCUUUAAAAAUUUUAGUGAUAGUGAUUUUAGAAUUGUUGUUUUCCGUGCCCAACACCGAGUAGGAGUACAUUUGAAGUGCAGAGCUCAAGAUGGAUGUACAGGGCCUGAGGACUGUUACCUACUGCUACAGGUUACAUAUAAAACUGACAAAGCCGAAAAGCAGUCUACAAACCGCGUUAAAUUAUACCUUUAA